CUCACUUCUCUGCGCGGCUGGUCGCUACAUUAUUCCCACGCUUUGUCGAGGCUCAAUCCAAUGAGAAAGCAAUGAUAAGAUGCUCGAUGCUUUGACUCACGGGAUCGGCAUCGGUCAUUCGGGAUAUUUCAGCUUCUUCUCUCGCUCCGUCCAACAACAUGGAUGCAUCCUUGUGAAUGCUGCAACCUCGUCAUCAUGGAUCAGAUUAAGUCCGCACGUCAUAGAGCAGAUUUUUGCCAUCACUCAUGGCAUGAUAAUCAGAGACGACUACUACCCCAACAAGCAGAGCUACCGUUGAAUCUACCAGUCGCAGUCAAGUCGGUCUCUAGCGUAGUGCAGCAACGCUCCUCAGUGGACGGAAAAACCCGCCUAGCAUGUCCGCACAAUUUCUCCGAAUGUAUCCACCGUGGGCCACCAACUCAC